UGUGAAUUUCAGAUUAUUAGAUUAAAUUAUCUAGGUUCUUAGAACGGCAUUGGAAAUUUUUUUCAUCGCUUAUCAUUGAGAUGUCGAACGAACUACGUUUUGAUGGGAAAGUUGUGAUUGUAACGGGCGCUGGUGGAGGCCUUGGAAGAGCAUAUGCGCUAGCUUUUGCCUCUCGGGGUGCCUCUGUAGUCGUAAAUGACCUGGGAUCGUCAAGAGCUGGGGAAGGAGCAACAAGCACUUUGGCUGACAAAGUUGUUGAAGAAAUUAGAAGCAAGGGAGGAAAAGCUGUGGCUAAUUAUAAUUCUGUCGAAGAUGGCGAGGAGGUUGUACAGACUGCACUUGAUCACUUUGGCAGAAUCGAUAUCCUGAUCAACAAUGCCGGAAUUCUUCGUGAUAAAUCAUUUUCUCGUAUGACUGUUGCUGAAUGGGACAUAAUCCAUCGUGUUCACCUUCGUGGAUCUUUCUUGUGCACCAAAGCAGUGUGGGAGCAUAUGAGGAAACAAAAGUAUGGUCGUAUCAUUAUGACAUCUUCUGCAGCUGGAAUUUACGGAAACUUUGGCCAAGCUAAUUACAGUGCUGCAAAACUUGGCCUGGUUGGUCUCAUGAAUUCACUUGCUAUUGAAGGAGAGAAGUAUAACAUCAAUGUUAACACAAUUUCCCCAGUUGCCGGAACUCGCCUGACAGAAGGUAUUUUACCGCCCGAGGUUUUUGAAUCUUUGAAACCAGAAUUUGUGGUUCCCAUAGUAGUCUGGUUAUGUCAUGACGAGUGCCAUGAAAAUGGUGGUGUCUAUGAAGCUGGUGGUGGAUUUGUGACCAAAAUCAGAUGGCAGCGAACUGAUGGAGCAGUCCUAAGAGAAAAAAACAAACCCAUGACGGCAGAAAAUAUUCGUGAUAACUGGGAGAGAGUUGUUGAUUUCAGCAGGAAUCAUAUUAUAUCUACUAUCAGAGAGUCGACUCUUGCUGCUGCGGAACAAGUCAUGAGAAUUGAAUCUGGAGACAAUGACCUUCAUUCAAACCAUCCUAUACAACCAUCUAUAGCGAUGAAGCAUGAAUCUGAACCAUGUGUACAUGUUUAUAAUAGCAAUGAUGUUAUUAAGUAUGCUUUAGGAAUUGGGGCAUCUACCACUCAGGAAGAUCAUCUGAAAUUUUUGUUCGAAAUGAAUGAUGAUUUUUGUGUCUUGCCUACUUUUGCCGUUGUGCCUGCAUUUACUAGUAUGGUAGGAAUCACAAACGUUCCUGGACUCAGUAUCAAUCCAGCUAAGAUUCUUCAUGGAGAACAAUACAUUGAAAUCUUCAAGCCUAUCCCAACAUCUGGCAAGCUAACAAGUCAAACAAAGAUUUCUGCUGUCUUGGACAAGGGAUCUGGAGCAGCUGUUAUAACUGAUGUUGAUACUUUCGAUGAAUCUGGUGAAAGAUUAUUUUUCAAUCAGUUUGUGACUUUUGCUGUUGGUUAUGGUAACUUUGGAGGUCAAAGAUCAUCUUCAGGAGUGAAGGAACCUGUAAAACCACCUAAGCGUUCUCCAGACGCAAGCAUAUCAGAGAAAACCAGCAAGGAUCAAGCUGCAUUAUAUCGUCUUUCUGGUGACUCAAAUCCUCUUCAUAUAGAACCUUCUUUUGCUGCAAUGGGUGGUUUUAAACAACCAAUUCUACAUGGUUUAUGCUCGUAUGGAUAUGCAGCUCGCCAUGUUAUGAUGAAGUAUGGUGACAAUGAUCCAAAUAAAAUUAAAGCAGUUAAGACUCGUUUUGCCAAGCCAGUAUUGCCAGGACAAACCUUGCGAACUGACAUGUGGAAAGAAGGUUCCAGAAUUUACUUCCAAACUGUUGUAGUAGAAACUGGAGUCGCUUGUUUAACUGGUGGAUAUGUUGACUUAGUAGAUGGAACCGGAAGCUCAAGCAGUUCAUCGAGCAGUGUAAAUCAGGCACAAGAACAGCCUGUUGAAGACAAGCUGGAGAGUGAUGCUUUGUUUGAAGGGGUUCAAAAUUUAAUCAAUGCUGAUAUGGUGAAGAAAGUAAAUGCAAUUUACCAAUGGAAUAUCACUAAAAAUGGGAAGGUCACAAGGCAAUGGGCACUUGAUCUCAAAAAUGGUUCUGGAUCAAUGACAAGUGGUCCUGCUUCAAAACCUGGUUGUACACUCACCAUUUCUGAUGAUGAUGUGAUGCUAAUGUUUUCAGGAAAGCUAAAUCCCCAACAGGCUUUCUUCAGUGGACGUUUCAAGGCUGCUGGCAAUAUCAUGUUGGCACAGAAAUUGGAAACAUUAUUUAAAGCGCAGGCCAAGUUGUGAAGAAACAUAUUUUUGGCCGCAUACCAAUCAUUAAUUUAAAGUUUUUAAUCCUUUAUUGAUUACAAAUCAAAUAUUAUUGCUCAAUGAAUGGACAAUAAUUUAUCAUCAUUAUGAGCAACCUUUUCUGCUUCAUUAAUAGUCUUUUAUUAUUUGAAAAAUCUCAUGCUUUCGCAUUACAAACUCCUUCAUUCUAACUUUUCAUUUUUUCUGAUUUUGAUAGCAAAUUCGAUCCAAUUUUAAACUCUUCAUAAAAUAUGCCUGUAAUUCAAAACAAAGGUGGUACGAUGGUACCAUAUCUGCUAGUUUUAAAUCAUGAGUGCAUAUUUAUAUAAGAUUGCAACUACAGUGUUUUGUUGCAUUCUUUAAUUCAUCUUCCACUGAGAUUUGCCAAUCCAACU